AUGGCAGCCAUAAACGUUGAUGCCAAUCAGUUGACAUCUACUGGGGUCAACCCAGAGGAAGCAUUCAAGGGAGUUGUAUGUGACUGUAUCCCCAAAAUUGUUCCCUUGGAUAGGAAUAUUAUCAGUAUAAAUGGCAGCUUCGUUGAGUACUCCAUCAAUUAUAUCCUGAACACAAUGCAUGAAGAAGAUGUCUGUUCCCUGCUGACAAAUAAUGACAUCUGGGAGAAUUUUGCAACGGAAGCCAGUUUCUCAAGGGAGGAGGCAGAGGAAAUACGAGAAGGUUUAAUGGCGCAGGAAGCAUUUGGAGACAUGAAGGACAUAGAGCCAGAGGAGCUGGAAUUCAGGGAGAGAUCCUUGAAAGAGUUUUCUCAGAUGGAAAGGGAACUUGAAGAGCGAAUAACACAGCUCCGAGCACUGGCAGACAAGGCCGACAAGAUACACAAGGACUGCACCAUCUCAAACGUGGUGGCCAGCUCUACCGGCAUUGUGUCUGGCAUCCUGACCAUUGUUGGCAUUGGUCUGGCACCGGUGACAGCUGGGGUCAGUCUGGGUCUGACAGCAGCUGCGUUGAGUCUAGGGACUGCAUCUGCUGUGACCGGUGCAGCCACCAGCAUCGUGGAACACACAAAAAUGGCUUCCAUCGAAGGUCGUGCCAAUAAGUUGACAUCAACUGAGGUCAACCGAGAGGAAGCAUUAAAGAAAAUUGUAUCUGACUGCACCCAGAGACUUGGUCCCAUGCGAGAUAGUAUUGUCAGAGGGGCGACGGGCAUUGAGAGAAACAUUCGUGCCAUCAAUUUGAUUAUUGCUAACCCUCGCCUAGCAGACCGAGCAACACGCUUCAUGAAUGGUGGAAGAAUCUCAGCCCAAGAUGCCAUGCAGGUGCAGCAAAUUUUUGGAGGCACUGCACUGGCAAUGGGCAAAGCAGCCCGGAUUGCAGGGAUGUUCACUGCAGGCAUUUCCCUCCUUGUAGAUAUAUGCAGCCUUGUGAAGCAGUCGAUCGACUUGCAUAAGGGAGCUAAGACAGUGUCAGCUAGCAAGCUGAGGGAGCAGGUUUUGGAAAUGGAGAUGAAGCUGGCAAAACUGAAAGAGAUCCAUGCAAGUGUCUUGGAGGAAAUUAGAGAGGCCUGUUGA